GGUGUCUCGGGCCCUGCGCCCGUGCGCACGCUCGCGGCGGGUUUGCAGGGCCGGACGCGCGCUCCGCGUCCCGUGCAGGAAGAUGGUGGCGAGCGCGCGGGUGCAGAAGCUGGUGCGGCGCUACAAGCUGGCGAUCGCCACCGCGCUGGCCAUCCUGCUGCUGCAGGGCCUAGUCGUGUGGAGCUUCAGCGGCCUGGAGGAGGACGAGCCGGGCGAGAAAGGAAGGCAGAGAAAGCCGCGACCAUUGGACCCUGGCGAAGGCUCUAAGGACACAGACAGCUCUGCAGGGCGGCGGGGCAGCACUGGUAGAAGGCAUGGGCGCUGGCGGGGCCGAGCUGAGAGCCCAGGUGUGCCUGUGGCCAAGGUGGUGCGGGCAGUUACCAGCCGGCACAGAGCCAGCCGGCGUGUCCCACCUGCCCCGCCCCCUGAGGCUCCAGGCCGCCAGAAUCUGAGCGGGGCAGCAGCUGGGGAGGCACUGGUAGGGGCUGCUGGCUUCCCGCCACAUGGAGACACAGGAAGUGUGGAGGGUGCCCCCCAGCCUACGGACAACAGCUUCACCCCAAAGUGUGAAAUUGUGGGCAAGGAUGCGCUGUCAGCACUGGCCCGGGCCAGCACCAAGCAGUGUCAGCAGGAGAUUGCCAACGUGGUGUGCCUGCACCAAGCUGGGAGCCUCAUGCCCAAGGCUGUGCCCCGGCACUGCCAGCUGGCUGGCAAGAUGAGUCCUGGCAUCCAGUGGGAAGAGGUUCGGGCCCAGCAGCCUGUGGAUGGCCCCCCAGUACGCAUCGCCUACAUGCUGGUGGUUCAUGGACGUGCCAUUCGCCAGCUGAAGCGUCUUCUCAAGGCUGUCUAUCAUGAGCAGCAUUUCUUUUAUAUCCAUGUGGACAAGCGUUCAAACUACCUGCACCGAGAGGUGGUGGAACUAGCUCAGCACUAUGAUAAUGUGCGGGUAACACCGUGGCGCAUGGUCACCAUCUGGGGUGGGGCCAGCCUUCUGAGGAUGUACCUGCGGAGCAUGAGGGACUUGCUGGAGGUUCCUGGCUGGACCUGGGACUUCUUCAUCAACCUGAGUGCCACUGACUAUCCAACCAGGACUAAUGAGGAGCUAGUAGCAUUUCUAUCCAAGAACCGGGACAAGAAUUUCCUCAAGUCACAUGGCCGAGACAACUCCAGGUUCAUCAAGAAGCAGGGCCUUGACCGGCUCUUCCAUGAGUGCGACUCACAUAUGUGGCGCCUGGGAGAGCGGCAGAUCCCAGCAGGAAUUGUGGUGGAUGGCGGCUCUGACUGGUUUGUGCUGACGAGGAGCUUCGUUGAAUAUGUGGUGUACACAGAUGACCCCCUUGUAGCCCAGCUACGCCAGUUCUAUACCUACACAUUGCUCCCAGCUGAGUCCUUCUUCCACACGGUACUGGAGAAUAGCCCGGCCUGUGAGACCCUCGUGGACAACAACCUGCGGGUCACCAACUGGAACCGCAAGCUGGGCUGCAAGUGCCAGUACAAGCAUAUUGUGGACUGGUGUGGCUGCUCCCCCAACGACUUCAAGCCACAGGACUUCCUGCGGCUACAGGUGCUCUCCUGUGGCCUGAGAGACCUGUGCCCCAGCUGUUCCCCACAGACUAAACGGCAAGUCUCCAGACCCACCUUCUUUGCCCGAAAGUUUGAGUCCACUGUGAAUCAGGAAGUCCUGGAAAUCUUGGACUUCCACCUAUAUGGCAGCUACCCACCUAGCACGCCGGCUCUCAAAGCCUACUGGGAGAACACCUAUGACGUGGCUGAUGGCCCCAGUGGACUCAGUGAUGUCCUACUCACCGCAUACACAGCCUUUGUCCGUCUCAGCCUGCGCCAUGCUGCCACUGCUGCACCCCCACUGGCCACUGCACUCUGCAGGUUUGAGCCCAGGGGUUUGCCGUCCAGCGUGCACCUGUAUUUCUAUGACGACCAUUUCCAGGGCUACCUGGUGACGCAGGCAGUGCAGCCCUCAGCCCAAGGGCCAGCAGAGACGCUUGAGAUGUGGCUGAUGCCCCAGGGGUCACUGAAGCUGUUGGGGCACAGCGAUCAGGCCAGCCGGCUCCAGAGUUUGGAGGUUGGCACUGAGUGGGACCCCAAAGAACGUCUUUUCCGGAACUUUGGGAACUUACUGGGACCACUGGAUGAGCCUGUAGCCAUGCAGCGCUGGGCUCGGGGCCCCAACCUCACAGCUACUGUGGUCUGGAUUGAUCCAACCUAUGUUGUUGCCACUUCAUAUGACAUCACGGUAGAUGCAGAGACUGAGGUCACGCAGUACAAGCCUCCACUGAGCCUGCCCCUGCGGCCAGGAGCCUGGACCGUUCGAUUGCUUCAGUUCUGGGAACCCUUGGGUGAGACCCGCUUCCUUGUACUGCCCUUGACCUUCAACCGCAAACUACCUCUCAGGAAAGAUGAUGCUAGCUGGCUGCACGCGGGACCACCCCACAACGAGUACAUGGAGCAGAGUUUCCAGGGACUAAGCAGCAUCCUGAACCUGCCUCAGCCAGAGCCCCUGGAGGAGGCUGCCAGGCGGCGCAAAGGGCUCACAGGCCCUGCACUUGAAGCCUGGACAGAUGGGGAGCUGAGCAGUUUCUGGUCUGUGGCAGGACUGUGUGCCACAGGCCCCUCUGCCUGCCCCUCCCUGGAGCCCUGCAGACUGACCACUUGGAGCUCUCUAUUCCCUGAUCCCAAAUCGGAGCUGGGGCCUGUCAAAGCAGAUGGCCGACUCAGGUAGCAGGGCCCCAGCCAGAACAACCCGGAGGAGCCCGGGUAAUUGCACCUUACAGACAAUGGAGGGAUAUCCCUCCCACAGACCAGAGGCCUAGACAGUACCCUGAUCCACCCAUCAGGAACCCGCACCGACGGCAGGGAGGUGGGCACAGUGCUCACUACUGCUAAUGGCUCUGCAGGAGCCCAGAGGGCCAGUGGAAACUGAGAGGGCUCUUCCUCCCCUCCUCUCUAGUUUGUAACUUUUUUAUUUAAAAUGGGUGGUGGGGGGAAGAAUAAGAAACAAAAGAUGUGCAAUAGGGCUCAGAGCAGCCCCAGGAAGUAGGCCAUGGCCAUGGGGAGCAUGGCCCACAGAGCCCAUAUGCUAAAGCUCUGGAAGAGUCCCAGCCUGCUCCUGAGCUGCUCACAACUGAGGCUUUGUAGAGGGGCAGGUGCCCUGCCAGGCUCUGAGGCCUGGAGAACAGGUGAUUUGGGGGCCAUGUGGAGCUGGGCUUUAGCGAGACAGCCUCUCCUCUGGUAGCCAGGGGACCCUAGAGCAGGGGUGGGGCUGGCUCUCGGGCUUUCCAGCACACCCUGCCCUGUGCCAGGAAAUGCAGGGCAUCAGGGCCUCCUGAGACCAGGGCAGUUUCCCAGGUGUGUCCUGGGAGGAGGAGCAAGCCUCACUAGCAGCACAGGAAGAAGACCGUCAGGGUGCUCAGAAGAACCUGGAGACGUGUUGUGCCUGAAGCUUGGUGUGAAGUCUGAAAUAUGCAACAGAAGAAAUAUAUCUCUCUCUCUCCAA